AUGGAGUUUCCUCGAAAGCGUGCCCAAGUGGCAUGCAAUUUCUGCAGGCACCGAAAGAGGAAGUGUGAUGGACAGAGGCCCGCGUGCGCGUUCUGCGCUGGCGCGGGUGCUCAAUGUGAAUAUCAGGAGAACCCGAAUGAGAAAUCGGAUACAGACCUAUCGGCUGAUAUAGUGCUGCGUUUGGACCGUUUGGAAUCUCUAGUAAAACAACAAACGGAUGUCAUCUCGGCUUUAUCCGAUCGUCUUUUGGCAAUCACAGCCAAGGAUAACAACCAACUGGCUCCGAACAGGUCCACGAAACUGCAUGGGGAUGGUGUUUCCCAUACUCCACCGAUGCACAGUUCUUUCGUGGGUGGUACUUCAGUGUCAAUUGACUCUCGAGUGAGAUAUGAGCACAGCGAUGAUCCACUUCUCAUUCCUUUGGGGCAUCAAACGCCGACAGGGAACCUGCUAGGCCUUGAAAGAAUAAGAAACCUUAUCGGUGACUACUCACAAGAUUUCUUUCUAUCCCUAGAGUCGGAGCGCAGCCUGCGGCCGUUAGCGCCGCAGGUGCCCUACUCAGCAAUCCUUGAAAAGCUUAACGCGAAUCGUGAAACCACAGACUUUCUGAUCUUCAGUUUUUGCAACUAUGUUUACCCGCACUUUCCAAUCCUUGAACGCGAGUCAUUACACGAGAUGUUUGAGACCUUCCUUCAAUCAAGCGAAGGUCGUACUAGCUCGGAUGCGCUAUGUCUCAUCUUUUUAGCGCUGGGGGAGAUAUGCUCGACUGCCGUCAAUGUCUAUGAUACAGAAUCACAAACAGAAAGUAAUGGCACAGAAUACUUCACACAUGCAUAUCAAAUCCUAGCUACCGAAGGAUUGACAUUGUUCUCGCGAGACGUCAAGGUCCCACUGACAUACUUCUUUGGCUCGAUAUACUUUCGUUACCGAGGCAGAGCGCUGGAGGCUUGGGAAAUGAUUCAUGCUGCAUCCUCUGGAGUCCAGUUGAUGUUCUCUUAUGAUGAUCUAGCUGAAUUCCACUUCCCCCGGAGUGGUAUCGAGAUUCUUGUGGACGGACUCCCAUUUCCCGAAUUUACUAAUCCAACCGACCGGGAUGGCCUUGUAUUCCUCGCCAUGUGCUCCAUUCGUAAACUUCUGAACCGCAUUCACAAUACACUGUACGCAGGUAAAUCAGAAACAGACUCGACAAAUCCACAACACCAUCCCAUGUCGGUUGCUUCUCUGGAGGCCCUUAACGUCGAGCUAAAUCGACAGCUGAAGACAUGGUUCGACUCACUUCCUGAGUCCAUCAAGCCCGAUUUGCAAGAUCCAACACCGCGCGACGUGCAAGAUGGAUUACUUCGCUCGCGAUACUACGCCGCAAAACACAUUCUCUGUCGGCCGAGUCUCGUAUUCGCUGCACAGUCCAGAGACAUCCAAUUGACAGGCUAUCUGCUUGAAAAUUGCAAAAUAUGCGUGGAUAGUUGUCGAAAUUUUAUUCUUACAAACGUUCCUUUUAUUAAGAAACGAACGCAUUCCACUUGGCUCAGACUCCAAGCUUUACUUGCAGCAGUCUUUGUCCUUUCGAUUGCAAAGGCCACGCCAUCACUUGCUUUCCUCGUUCCGGAUUUCGACGAGGUCAUCGAUGAAGCGAUUCAAUGCACCGAGCCAUGGGCUCAACACCAUGAAACUGCAGAUGCAAUACUGAAUAUUUUCAAAAGCAUUCGACGGAAAUUACGAUUCCACGUUAAGUUUAUCUGUGCAUAA